AUGGAGAACUGCAGUAAAAGGAUUGAAGAGUUGGUGAGGGGAAAGGAUGGCGAGGUUGAACUGCCCAACGACGAAAAUGAAUACUUAAUAAAACAGUUACUAAAAAAUGUUAUGGAAAUUGUUAUACUAACAAACAGGCUCUCCACAAAUUGUCUUUACGAGAGCAGAGUAGAUGUUAUGUCCAACGAUGAGGAAAUUAAAAAAGUUCAAAAGGAUUUAUUAAAAACGGUGCACGACUUAUUAUUAUACAGCUCUAAUGAAAAAACAAAAAGUUCCAUUAUGUGCGAGACAGAUGGUGACCACUUAACCCUACCUAAUAAUUAUCAUGUCAUAUCUAACACGCUCUAUGAAAUAAUCACCAGAUCGAAGGACUGCUUUCGUUUCUUUUAUGUUAAGGAUAAGGAGGCUUCAAUGUUGGCAUGUAAAAGUAGCAAACUUGAGGAGACUUUUCCCCCCGAGUUUGCUUCUUCCCCAAGAGAGUGUGAAUCUCAAAGGGGGGGAAAUGAGCCAAUAGAUGAUAGUGAUUCGGAGGAGGAAGAGAAUGACAAUACAAAAGGGGACACUAACGCACACAGUAACAACAACGAUACGAAGAGUAGUAAGGACCCCAAUUUGCACGCACGAACUGGUGAAGAGGAAGAGAGGGAUAAUACCUUCCAGCUAAUAUUCCGGUCGAACAUUUUGCACGUUGAGACCGAAUCAGAGGAGAGUUCCACAGAAAAGACAAAUGAAAAAAAAACAAAAAAGGAAAUGAGCAAAAAUAGUAAAAAAAGGAGGUUAUCAUCAUCCAAGAGGAAGAUGAAAAGUGAAGAGAACCCCCAAAUGAUCGAUCGUCUCUCCCCAUUUAGGAGAAGUUCGAGAAAAAUACAAUACGCCUGGUUACACCUAAUUAACAACUAUGCUACCUUCUUCAUCCCCCGUCUAACUGUGAAGCAUAACAGACUGACGGACCUGGAGAGAGACUUUGUAGAAGCUGUCCAGUGUCUUCAGAGCUACAUCCAGAAGAAGAAGAAAGUUCUUCAAUACAGGGCACUAUUUAACGGCAAUAAGUUAAGGCAUAUAAAUUGUGGGGAUAUUUUUGGAGAGAUAUUUCAAGAGGAUGAGGUGGGGAAUGCAGUGGGGGGCACCAUGGAUGAGGUGAAGACACUUCACUCGUGUAGCAGCUCGGGGGACUCCUCGGAUGAGCUUACUAACACCCCGGAAAGGCUUACCUCCCUCCCGAAUGAGUAUUUUUUUUGGAAGAUGCUAAAAAGGCUAGAUAAGGACAUAAACAAGUAUGGCCCCAAAUUUAGCAACCUGGGCAAUCCGUACAGUUAUGAAAUAAAUGACAUGAUCAAUCGGUAUCACGAAUGGGAUGAAAGUGUGUCUCCCUUCGUGAAGGUAACUGCUGAACUGCCCAAACCGGUGCAGUUAAGCGAGAAAGAGUGCAAAAUCAUUAGCAUGGAAAAUGAACUGAUCGAAAUGGUACAUACUAUUAAAGCAAUGUGUACUAAGUUGUCCCUCUCCCUUGUGGUGAAUUAUAAGAACACCUACCGAGGUUUCACAUCCCUAAUUCUAAUUGGAACAGAUAAGUGUGAUUACAUCAUUGAUACACUGCACAUGUUUGAGCAGAUCCAUCAGCUGAACGAUAUUACUACAGAUCCUAAUAUCCUCAAAAUUGUGUACAAGUCGAAAAAUGUUAUACCAAUAAUGCAGAAGGAUUUCUCCAUCUACUUUGUUAAUGUUGUGGACAUUUUUAUUUGUUCAAAUUUUCUGAACAUUAGAAAUUCUUUGGAUUAUCUGGUGCACAAUUACUUCCAUGUGAAUGUCAAUUCUGCUGGUCAUGGAUUACAUGCCCUCACAAGACCGUUGUCUCCUGACUUGGUCUAUCAUUUGAGAAUGCCUUGUCACUACCUGUACUACCUCUUCGAGUACAUCAAAACGGAUUUGUAUUUCAAUUACAUAUUUGCCCACUACAGGCGGGCGGACCAUGCGCAGGGGGGAGGAGAAGAGGAGAUGGAUGUGAUGGAUGCGGUGGACGAGAUGGAUGCGGUAGACGCAAUGGACACGCUGCAACGGAUGAUUGACCAAGACGGUCCACCCCCAAGCAACAUCUACGUACACUUUGAAAAUAUAAAAUUCGAAGAUAUAUCGGUAGAAGAACAAAAAUAUGGAGAGGAAAUUAUCAGGAAGGUAUUCAGAGAGAGCAACAAGAUGUGCCUGCUCGAGUACAAGGUAAAAGAUGUGUGUGAUGUGGAAAAGACAAAGGACAAAAUCAAAACGAUUAUAAAAACGUCCAAUUAUAGCUCCACUACUUGUGAUACCCUAAUAGAAAAUAUAUUAGUGUGGAGAGAAAAGGUAGCUAAAAAAAAUGACGAAUCUCCGGACAGCAUAAUUAAUAUACACACCAUAAUUUCCAUUGUAUUAAAUAUGCCUACUUCCAUUUCAAGCUUAAAAAAUAUUAUCAUCCCCAUGUCUAAUCACAUGUGUGAAAAUCUGGAGACUCUAUUUGAGAUCAUUAUCAAAUCUAGUAUGAAGAAAAAAACGAAUCCACAAUUUUAUCGAAGUUUUAUUCAAAAUGAGAAGCCGGACAUUUGUGAGUGCAGCAGUGAACAGGAAUUGAAUUGCGUGCAAGGCGUUUUCCCUAGGGAGGAACAAGGGGGCCUAGGUGGGGAUGAGGUGGACGAAACGGGAGAAAUAGGCGAAGGGGUGGUAGGGGACGGAAUCCUCAUUGUCCCGCCCAGGAUGCACUUUCAGAGCAUUUCGGAGGGGGUCCAACGUGAGGGGCAUCCUGCCGACGAGGGUGAAGAAGGCGACGCAGAUAGCGAUGGCAACAGCGACGAUGAUUGCUAUGCCCCACGUAGCACAUGCGACGGAGGCGGUAACGAGGAGCAAGCGCGCGAAGAGGGAGGAACCCCCACAAUCAGUGCUCCUGAUCAGACCUUCACCCUGGAGAGAACAUUCUUUGGAAACGACGAAAGUGACGAGAAGGCCAGCCAGGAACUUAAAACCCUAGGCGACAAAGAAGGAAAAUAUGAAAAAUAUGCUUUGUUGUCUUCCCUACUUAGCUACGUAAAAGAGAAGAACCAGGAAAGGUGUAAAACUUCUGAACAUCCUGAGAAGGAAGAAAGUGUGAAGACGGAAAAAGGGGGGGUACAAAUGCAGAAGCAGAUGACCUCUUACAAAAGUGUGAAAAGGCAAGUACCCCACGACGUGGCUAAGAACAGUUGUGGCAAAAAAAAAAUUAAACAAAUGCAACACCAGUCGUACAACCAGCAGUAUAACAUAAAGAACAGAAAGGGGUUGUACUCCAAAAACAUUUUAAGCGAAAUGAACAAAAAGUGGAAUGGCUAA